GGCUAUUCAAGGCACUUGUCCUCUGUCUCUCUCUGUCACACAGCAGAGGGGGAUGCACACACACCUCACACACACACACACGCACACACACACACACACACACGCGCUACAGUAGCUCGGACAGAGCCACAUUUUCUCAGGCUGCUCCACAGACUGACAGCAGAAAACGGAGGAGGAGAGCGAGAGAGAGAAGGAGAGAAGGAAACAAGGGAAAUGUACCGAUCCAGGAGAUUCAAACAGCAGAAACCCAUUCUGUCUUUGCUGUUCAUCAAUUUAAACACAAUAAUUACACAACUCUUCAUUAAUCUGUAACUGAACUGGGACCUGUUCUGCUCUGCUGAGGGACCUGCUCUGCUGAAGAACCUGUUCUGUUCUGCUGAGGGACCUGCUCUGCUGAGGAACCUGCUCUGCUGAGGGACCUGCUCUGCUCUGUUGAGGGAUCUGCUCUGCUCUGUUGAGGGACUUGCUCUACUGAGGGCCCUGCUCUACUGAGGGCCCUGCUCUGCUGAGGGACCUGCUCUACUGAGGGACCUGCUCUACUGAGGGCCCUGCUCUGCUGAGGGACCUGCUCUGCUGAGGGACUUGCUCUACUGAGGGCCCUGCUCUACUGAGGGCCCUGCUCUGCUGAGGGACCUGCUCUGCUGAGGGACCUGCUCUGCUCUGCUGAGGGACUUGCUCUACUGAGGGCCCUGCUCUGCUGAGGGACCUGCUCUGCUCUGCUGAGGGACCUGCUCUGCUCUGCUGAGGGACCUGCUCUGCUGAGGGACCUGCUCAUUCUCCAGGACUAUGGCACCACAUGUGGUACAUGGAGUCUCUCUUUCACAGCCCUGGUGUCUUCCUCUCCUUUUGCUCCUUCUCUCCCUGUAUUCCCUGACGGCCGCAGGGUUCAACCUGGAUACUAGCAUGACUCUGAUCAAGGAGGGGGAGAAAGGGAGCUUUUUUGGAUUUUCUGUAGCACUUCACCAGCAACUCACCCCAGAACCACACAGUUGGAUACUGGUGGGGGCUCCCAGGGACAGAGGACUGGGCCUCAUGCGGAGACAGCGUACUGGCGCCCUGUACCGCUGUCCAAUCACAGGCGAGGAGUUUGACUGCGAGCGCGUGGACAUCGAUGGAGAUGUAAACCUCGACAGGGAGAGCAAGGACAACCAGUGGCUAGGAGUGACAGUCAAGAGCCAGGGGAUUGGAGGAAAGGUGGUGACCUGUGCCCACCUGUAUGAGCUGCGGCAGCGUGUGGGCCUGCCGUCUGAGACACGGGACCCUAUCGGGCGUUGCUAUGUCCUGAGUGAGGACCUGACAGAGAGGGACGACUUGGACGGAGGGGAGUGGAAGUUCUGCGAGGGGCGACCCCAGGGACACGAACAGUUUGGCUUCUGUCAGCAGGGCCUGUCUGCCGCCUUCACACCAGACAACAACUUCAUCAUGUUCGGCGCUCCAGGAACGUACAACUGGAAAGGAGAGAUGCGUGUCCAGCUGCUAAACCAGACACUGUUGGAUCUUGGUUUCUAUGACGACGGGCCUUAUGAGGUGGCGGAUGAGAAACAGCUGAAUGCUCAGCUGAUCCCAGUUCCCUACCAUAGUUACCUGGGUAGGACCGUCCCUGCCCUCUGCUGCUCCUCUCACAUUGCUGCUAGCCUGCUGUCCUGGCCCCUCCAUGACCUGUCGGUAGGGGCCAUCGCUGACCUGUCUGUAGGGCCCCUCCCUGACCUGUCCUUAGGGGCCCUCCCUGACCUGUCCUUAGGGGCCCUCACUGACCUGUCCUUAGGGGCCAUCGCUGACCUGUCUGUAGGGCCCCUCCCUGACCUGUCCUUAGGGGCCCUCCCUGACCUGUCCUUAGGGGCCCUCACUGACCUGUCCUUAGGGGCCCUCCCUGACCUGUUCGUAGGGCCCCUCCCUGAUCUGUCCGUAGGGCCCCUCCCUGACCUGUCCUUAGGGCCCCUCCCUGACCUGUUCGUAGGGCAUCUCCCUGAUCUGUCCGUAGGGCCCCUCCCUGACCUGUCCGUAGGGCCCCUCCCUGACCUGUCUGUAGGGCCCCUCCCUGACCUGUCCGUAGGGCCCCUCCUUGACCUGUCCGUAGGGCCCCUCCCUGACCUGUCCGUAGGGCCCCUCCUUGACCUGUCCGUAGGGCCCCUCCCUGACCUGUCUGUAGGGCCCCGCCCUAACCUGUCUGUAGGGCCACUCCCUGACCUGUCUGUAGGGCCCCUCCCUGACCUGUCCUUAGGGGCCCUCCCUGACCUGUCCGUAGGGGCCCUCCCUGACCUGUCCUUAGGGGCCCUCCCUGAUCUGUCCGUAGGGCCCCUCCCUGACCUGUCCAUAGGGCCCCUCCCUGACCUGUUCGUAGGGCCUCUCCCUGAUCUGUCCGUAGGGCACCUCCCUGACCUGUCUGUAGGGCCCCUCCCUGAUCGGUCCGUAGGGCCCCUCCCUGACCUGUCCUGGGGAGACCUGAGGUCAUCCUACCCCGCCCCUACCUCUGGGCUUCCAGUGAGGAGACCUGAGGUCAUCCUACCCCCGCCCCCUACCUCUGGCUUCCACUGGACAGACCUGAUAGUGGGAGCUCCCAACUAUUUUGACAGGAAGACAGAGAUCGGAGGUGCUGUGUACAUCUUCCUCAACCGAUUCGGUAACUGGGAGUACGCUCAGCCAAUCAGGCUCAACGGAACUCAUGACUCCAUGUUUGGACUGACCGUCAACAAUGUGGGAGACCUGGACCAGGACGGAUAUGAUGACAUCGCUGUGGGGGCUCCGUUCGAUGGAGAUGGGAAAGUGUUCAUCUACCGAGGCUCGUUCUCGGGCAUCGACACCAAGCCUGCACAGAUCCUGGAAGGGGUGAACGAGGGGGUGAAACGGUUUGGCUACUCCAUCUCAGGCGGCCUGGACAUCGAUGGGAACCUGUACCCUGACCUGGCAGUAGGCUCUCUCGGCGAUAAGAUGGUUCUGUACAGGUCUCGCCCCGUCAUUCACGUGACCCGGGAUGUAUCCAUCGAACCUCAGCACUAUAUUGACUUGGAGCAACACAACUGCAAGGGGAGAGAUGGAGUGUGUGUGGAGGUCAAAGUGUGCUUCACCUAUACUGCAUAUCCAGAGUCAUACUCACCAGACAUCACCCUGGUUCUACUCUUCGAGGCUGACACCGAGCGCAGGAAGCUGGGCCUGCCCCACCGUGUUAGCUUCCUGGGUCGGAGUGCACAGGAGGCGGAGUACACACACACUGAUGAGGUGGCGCUGAAGGGUCAACGCCAUCCCGCCUGCCGGAGCGCCACCUUCCAACUACACGAGAAUAUCCGUGACAAGCUGCGUCCCAUCGCCCUGGCCAUCACCCACACUAUCAGACCCCCCAUGUUGUCCUCAGACACUAACCCAGAGGAACAACUGUCUCCCGUACUGGGUGUUGCCACCUCCAACACCCUGCACUCUGAGGUGAAUUUCCUGAGGGAAGGCUGUGGUGAUGAUAAUAUCUGUCAGAGCAACCUGAAGUUGACCUACCAGUUUGGAACCCGACCUAUAACCUCUGACCUCUUCACCCCUCUGCCAAAAGAUGAUGAGGAGGUGUCCGUUUUCUCUCUGUCUGACCAGAGGUCCGUGGUGUUGGAGGUGACCGUCACCAACAUGCCCUCUGAACCUCUGUACCCUGAGAAGGACGGUGACGAUGCCCAUGCCGCCCAGCUACUGGUGACCCUGCCAGACACCCUGUCCUACUCUGGCUUCAGGGGACAACAGGUCGUGUGUCAGGCCAAUCAGAAUGGCUCUCAGGCAGAGUGUGAGCUGGGAAACCCCCUGAAGAGAGAUUCUAUCCUGAAGUUCUACAUCAUCCUCAGCACCUCUGCUAUCACCAUAGAGACCACGGAACUCACUGUCAACCUCCUGCUGGCUACUAUCAGUGAGCAGCCAGACCUGGCCCCAGUCACAGCCGUGGCUAAAGUCGUCAUAGAGCUCCCUCUGGCUGUCAGUGGGGUGGCCCGGCCACACCAGCUGUUCUUCAGUGGGGCUGUGAAGGGGGAGAGCGCUAUGGAGACUCUGGACGACGUGGGCAGCGCUCUGGAGUUUGAGUUUACGGUGACCAACACUGGGCCGUCCCUGCAGACUCUAGGCUCUGCCUUCCUCAACAUAAUGUGGCCUCAUGAGCUGUCCAAUGGGAAAUGGCUCCUGUACCCCACUGCUUUUCACUUCAAGGGCCAUCCAGAAACCCACUGUAGACCCCACACCUCCCUCAACCCACGGAAGUUCUCCCACAGCUCUCCUUCUGAAGACCAGCCACAGGCUACAUUCAGGAGGAAGGGGCGAUCCCACCCGGAAGAGGAGGGGCAUGUGAUGACCAAGGGCAGUCUGGGUAGGACCACGCCCGCUGUGGCUGCCUCCGAGAGACGGAAGUCACUCAAACUGGACUGUCUGCUGGGUUCAGCGCAUUGCGUCCUUUUCCAGUGUCCUCUCCUCAGUUUCUCUGGCUCUGCUGUCCUCAAGAUCCAGGGACGUUUGUGGAACAGCACCUUCCUGGAGGAGUUCCCAUCAGUCAGCGCUCUGGAGCUGCUGGUUAGAGCCAACAUCACAGUCAAGUCGAGCAUCAAACACCUGGUGCUGAGGGAUGCUGCCGCACAGGUCCCAGUGAUGAUUUACCCAGAGGUUGGUCUGACUGCCCAGUACUGGAUCCCCUGGUGGUGGAUUCUCAUAGCCAUCCUGGCUGGUAUCCUGGUGUUGUCUCUGAUGGUCUGCAUCCUCUGGAAGUGUGGUUUCUUCCGUCGGGUCCAGUAUGAAGACCAAGUGCCUCAGUACCAUGCGGUGAAGAUUCCCCACCAGGACCUUCCCCAGUUCCAUGAGAGCCAGAAGGCAGGGUUCCUCCACAAGAAAGAGUGGACUACACACUGGAGCGACGGAACCUCCUGAUCGACAGCAACAACAAAAACAAGGAAUUGAAUUAUAACAACCUCCCCGAUUCAACCCACAUGGCGCUCACUAACUCUGAGGUGUAAUAAAUGUGUGCACACAGACUGGCCGUGUACAUUUGGGGCUACGUCCUCAUUCUUUCACCCUUCUUCUGAAGUGGACUUAUUAAUGCUGACUACUCUCUCCUGCAUAUUUAUAUGGACAGUGAUGCUAACUUUCUACAUCGUCUCUAUAGUCCAGCAUUUUGGAUUUGACAUCAAAUGUUCCGUAUGAGGUGACAGUACAUAAUGUCAUCUUUCACUUGAGGGUACUAUUUAUACAUAUCUGAUUUGCCAUUUAGAAAUGAAAGCACUUUAUAGAUCUA